UAAAGCUGCCCAACCGGAAGAUCCCGUUUUCCCUUGCGGAGGCCGCAAGUCUUGAGUUCUCUUCCCGCGCAAAUGGGAACUUCGCUGGAACUUGGAUCACGCAGAAGAUUCUAAUUUCUUUAAAACUUUAUUUUCAGGCAGUGUCUCCGGAACCAUUUACCUCCAGAGGGUCAACGGAAUUGGAUCUGAAGGCUGGCCAUGACAUCUCAAGGUCAAAGUUCGAAUUUCCCUUCAGAUGAUAAUGGUCAAUCGAGCUUCCGCGGGAAGCUUCUGACCAUUGAUUCAAAGCUGGGGAACCAAGAUGUGGAGGGCUUAAAGUUUCUCUGCCGAGACUGCAUCUCCCACAAGAACCUGGAGAAGUCCAGCUCAGCCUCAGACAUUUUUGAUCAUCUGUUGGCCCAGGAGCUGCUGAGUGAGGAAGACCCUUUCUUCCUAGCAGAACUCCUCUACAUAAUCAAGCAGAAAUCGCUGCUGCGGUACCUCAACCAAAGCAAAGAGCAAGUGGAGAGUUUGCUGCCUACCCGAGGGAGGGUCUCUCUGUUCAGAAACCUGCUCUAUGAACUGUCAGAAGGCAUCGGCUCAGAGAACUUAAAGGACAUGAUCUUCCUUCUGAGGGACUCGAUUCCCAAAAUCCAGAUGGUAAGUGGGUCGUAUAGGGUGGGGUAUUUGACUGUUGGGAGAAUUAGACAACAUAAUGUGGGGAUUAAUUCCAGGCCAGGACCAGAAUCUGGAGCGCUCACAGCCUUUGGUCCUGAUAAACGGAAUGGUUGGUUAGAAGCAUUAAACCCUUACAAUGAGGAUUCCCUAGUAAGCGGUUCUACCUCUUCUUCUUUCAAGGAGGCAGGUGUGUACAGGAUGGAUCGGAAACACAGAGGCCACUGUGUUGUUGUCAAUAACCACACGUUCACCUCGCUGUCCAAUAGACCAGGGACUAAUACAGAUGCUGAUCACUUGAGGCAUGUGUUUGAGUGGCUUGGGUUCAGUGUGCAUGUGUAUGAUAAUGUGACCAAAGGACAUCUGGACGAGGUUCUGCAGGAAUAUAAGUGUCAUCCAGGCCAUGCUGAUGGAGACUGCUUCGUGUUCUGUGUUCUGACCCAUGGGAAAUUUGGAGCUGUCUACUCUUCAGAUGGGACCCUUGUUCCCAUUCAGGAGAUCACGUCUCACUUCACAGCCCAGCAGUGCCCUUUACUGGCUCACAAACCCAAACUCUUUUUUAUCCAGGCCUGUCAAGGUGAAGAGAUACAACCUCCUGUAUUCAUUGAAGCAGAUGCUGUAAAUCCUGAGCGUGUAUCCCCCUCUCUUCAGGACAGUAUUCCUGAUGAGGCGGAUUUCCUUCUUGGCCUGGCCACUGUCCCUGGCUAUGUAUCCUUUCGGCACGUGGAGGAAGGCAGCUGGUAUAUUCAAUCUCUGUGUAAUCAUCUGAAGAGCUUGGUCCCAAGACAUGAAGAUAUCUUAUCCAUCCUCACUGCUGUCAACAAUGAUGUGAGUCAACAAGCAGACAGACAAGGAACAAAGAAACAAAUGCCCCAGCCUGCUUUCACACUACGGAGAAAGCUAAUAUUCCCUGUGCCACAGGAAAAACUUGAAUAGUAGAGAGUUUUUAUUGAUUCUUUGGCUUGAAAGGAAGCUUUGGUCAUCCAUUCCAAUCCACCCCACCCCCCACCCGCCAUCACAGGAAUCAGUGAUAGAUGGUGAGCUGGCCUGCAUCUGUUAUUCUGAUGACUGGAAAUACCCUAUUUUCUGAGGCAGCAAAAUCUUUUUUUUCUUUUUUCUUUUUGACAAGUCUGAAUGUUAGAACACUUUCUUUCUUGAAGCUUUGGAUUGUAGUCUUGGCUUUAGUUGUAUGCCCUGAGAAAAAGCAGUUGGCCUUGGUUUGUGCAUCCAUGAGGUAAAGGAUGGAACCAGGUAUAUUUUAAGAUUCCUUUGAGCUCUAAGAACCAUGGUUUCUUAGCCUCAGAUGAGCUUCUAUUUCCUCUUUACAUGAGCACCCCUUGUUAUCAUUCUGCAUCCCCUCUGCAUGGCCUUGUUUUGGACAUUGGAUAAUGGUAGAGAUCACACAUGGUUCCUUGACCUUCUCUGCUCUCCCCUUCCUAAGGCUCCUCUCCCGCACAUCUACCUAGGUGAAAAUUGGUCUAUACAAUGCCCAUUUCCUGCUUUAGCGUAAGGAAGGUAUUCCUGCAGGAACUGAUUCUCUUUGAUUGGGAACAGGUUCGGCUCUUAGGAUGAUGACAGCCCGAAUGAAGAGAGGCACAGUCAGCCACUCUGGGAGCAGAGGCUUUACGCCCUGAGGUUAAACCCCAUGUUGGUCGGAACCUUUCAGAUGCUGAUGAUAGAAUACCCACAUCAAACCAGCUAAAGCAAACAAGGGUUUUUGUUGUCUCAUUCAUCUGAAAACACAGAUGGGUGGUGCUGGCUUCCGAUGAGGCUUGAAUCAGGACUUAGUCUGCACCACAGCAUGUCUCUCUUUGCCAGGGGUUCUCUGGGUGGCUGCACUGUGCUGACUGUGGUCAACAGCCCCUGCCUUGUCUCCGACGUGCUCUGUUCCUCUGGCCCAAAGGAUGGAGGAGGAAGCCAGCCUGAGGGUCUGAAGCUGUUCACAGGGGAUGUUGUUCUCUCCUUAGAGAGUUGUUGGGCUGUGCCUUGGGGGGUGUGGUUCUAUCUGCAAGCCUUGAUACUUUUUACAUUAAGGUUUUGAAUAUCUUUAUUUAUGUGAACUUUUUUUUUUUUUCAAUUUCAAGAGGAAUUUCUUUUUCAGCUCCUGAAGGAGGGAGGUUGAAAGUCUUCUUCUUAAGGCCUUUAUUUCCAGAUGAAGAAGUUGAGGCCCCAGGAGGCAAAGUGAUUUGCUACAGUUCCCCAGAUGGUUAUUGUUUACAGGAUUUUUUCCCACUUGAGUGAACUGGAAUGUCAUGGGACAUAGCAGGGCUGGAGGAACAUUUCCUUGGACAUGCAGAUGUUCAUGAAAGAUGUCAGGGGGUGAAGAAAAAUAACUCUCAGUGAUGUCUGAUUUUGUAGUUAUUCUUGUGAAAGUCACAUUAAUUUACAGUGUAUUUGCUCUGAGAAAUAUUCAUAAGAAGUUUUUUAUAAUCGUAAUUAUGUGGAUGGAGCUCGUAAUUAUAUGGAUUUGACUGUAGCUUGACCAAGGAAAGGAGUCUAAUGCAUAUGUCAGGCUGAUCUUCCAGAACCAGUGUUUAUACAAUCAAGGCUAACAGAUGGUUAUCACAGUCUUUGCCCAGUUGAAUAUACACAGCUUUUGGCCAUUUCACAAAAGCUUCUCUGCAAGUGAAGGAUGGUGUGGUUCAAAACAAAAAGCAAAGAAUCAAGAGGGAAGUCUUGGGUUUCCUUUUGGCGUUGUGACUCCCUUGCUCUGAGACACUAAAUCAAGCUAGUUUUUUGAGUCUUAUCUACGAAAUAGAGAAAAAUUACCUAUUUAAGAUAAGGAUUUAGGGGAAUAUAUAAUGUAUGUACAUUAUAAAUAUAUGUAUAUCUCCAUUUAAAUCCAGUUGUUGUGAGGUACACGUAAGACCUGUAGGAAGCAGAUCCGCUGGCAUUAACCUCAAUGGAAACAGCAGAGUGUGAGUUCCUUUACGUCUAAUUCUGGCUGGAUUUUCGCCGCACAUCAACCCUAGCAGUCCCCGCCGAUGUCCUCUGAGUGAAACGCUGAUUCUUCCCUCACUGAGUCACAGUGUCCCCAGCAGCAACAGGCCAGCUCUGGGCUCUGAAUCCAGAUGGACAAAACACUGCUAAGGAACUCUCCUUCAGCAGCAGCGUUUGGGGUUCGAUGCUGAAGUACCCCGGUCCUGUGGGUCUAGUCCGUAUUUCUGCUGUGCUGGAACUUAGUGCUCAUGCAGGGCUAAAAUCUGGAAUCAGGAAACGAGCCCACGAGCUUCCUUGUCAGAGUUCUCUGGCAGGCACUCCAGGAGUCACUAGGCAUUGAUGACUGGAAGUCACGGGCCUAUGCGGACACCAGGAGCACACCCAUCCUUCAGUCAUUUCUCCUUAAUGGAGCGUGUACACACUUGUCCCUUAUCUGUGUGCGUGUGUGUGUGUGUGUGUGUGAAUGAAUUUAGAGCGAAAUACAGGAGGCUCUUUGGUCACAAGUAUUUGGCGGUGGCUACAGCCAUCGUCUGCCCAGACGUUAAUGAGAGAAAUGCUCAGACCAAGUGAGGUUUCUAUAUAUUUUGCUUAGUUGUGCUCAACCUACAAGAGCUGUGGUUAAUUUUUUCUUUCUUUUCUGUUUUUUUUUUCCCCUCAAAAAUUUGGUUUCUAUCAAACAAAAUGAAGGACAUGGAAACUUUUUAUAGAAUAUUAUGCCGUUAGUUACUUAAGAAUGAUGCUACUGGUGUUGAUUAUUAAUUAGAGAUACUAGUCACCACAGCAUCCUCCUGGCCUCCGCUGCAGGGCCUCACCCCGCUGGUGGGCAGGUUUGAUCUCAGCAGGGUUCCCCUUAGCUCAGGUAACGCAGACAUACAAGCAGCUGAUACAGUGUGGUUACUGAUGCGUCAGAACAGACACUGACCAGUAUAACACUCUGUGGAGCACCACUGAACUGCAGCCAUUCAUCAGUGAUCCCGUCUCCACUGAGGGAGACCAGUGAGAAGCUGACCUCAUUUUGUAGAUAACUUGUGUGCCAUAUUUGAGUCCUAAAAUCUUCCAGGACCGAUACUUCCUGAGUGAUUUAGUCACGUUGUUCUUAACCUAGAAUUCUUGGGUCCUUGGAUGUUUGGGGAUUUCUUCUCAGGGUCUACGAGUCUUCCACCUUCGGUUUGAAAUGCUUUAUUUCCUUUUUGGUGAUAAUCUUCAGUUAAUAGAGGUAGAUCCUGGCUCUCCCGCAUGCUCACUUCAUACUUGAGCACUGACAAACAACUGUGUCCGCAUCCUGGUGCCCCCAGGAAGUGAUGAACUUUACCCUGAACUUUUUAAUGUAGCGUGGAUUAGGGUUCCCGGGGCUAGCAGUCCUCAGAUCUCUUGUCGGGUACCAGUAGUUAAUCUAUCUGAAACCUGCUCCAGUCCAUCCCCUUAAGCCGUGACAGACUCCUAGUCCACCAUCCCUCCGCCCCUGCUUACCUCUCAGUGGAGGGAACUCACACUACGCACAAAGUCAUGGAUUUGGGAGCUUGGAGGGACCCUAGCUAGAGAACCCGUGGUCCAGACUUCAGUGUCAAAGGGCUUAACUAACGUCUGACAGCUCUUAGUGUAGGAUUUGCAGUCGUAUCUCCUGCUUUGCAGUCUUACCGCCUGCUUUCACUGUGAGACGCCUUUGUCCUUUUCCCUGUUGUGAUUUGAACCUAGUUAGAAUGUACUUAAACGCCCUGCCUCGCGUGCUGAAUUCUGGAGCCAUGCCAAACAAUUGUAACCAACUUCCGGUGAAGUACAUGUUGCUUGUGAUAAGUUAUUUAACUUUGUUUCUGGUAGGGUCUGGCUCUCCUCAGAAGUCUGCAGUUCGCCUCUAAGGAUGUGGUAAAAAUAUUGCAUUUGUGGUAAAGACACCUUUGUGUCUUUAAACAGAAGCUAAAUUUCUGAAAAUGGAAUCCUUUUUAAAAAGUACUAGGAGAAAUUCCCUGUUUAAAGGAAGACUGAUUUGCCAGUAUAAACAACCAUUUUGUAACAUAACUUCUGCAUCUGUGAAUUUUUAAAAGAGGCUUUUUCCUCUUUUAAAAUGUUUAAAUUGUAUGAAUUUUUACUUUUUAAAUCUAUUUUUGAAUAAGUAAUAUCUUUACAUUGCUCAAAGAGAAUACAAACAGGUAUUCAGGAUAAGUCUUCCCUGCAUUUCUGCCUACCAAAUGUGCAGUCCUCCCACCUCUGAACCCCAGAGAUAAUUGCGGGAUUUCUUAACGCAGAUGCAGAUACAACAGAUACAAAUUUGUAUUUUAAAGUAGGCAUUUCUUGAAACAAAGUACAUACACUGUGAAACUCAGAUCUCUCAUUGGACUCAUUUUAAAUGAUUCUAUAAGGUGCCUGGAAAUUCUUGUACAGCUGUACAGUGGGAAUGCCUUUAUGCGCUUUGUGGACGGGUUACUUGUAGGCAGUAGGAAUUGUCUGACCAAUAAAUGGAUUUCUUUUCCUUUUUA